UAUAUAAAGGUCGCAAUGGGGACUAAAAUUGUUGACAUGGGAGGAUGGACGAAGGACGCAGCUGAGAGCCUCGGGGGCUCAGAGGCCGGCCUCAAGCUUAUCUUAGGUCAGUUGGCUGGAUACCCUCUUCUUCUCUUCUACAGAAAGUUCCUGUCUGAUAAGGAUCCUAAACUGCAGCACGUUUAUUUUACCCUUUCCGGACUUUUUCUUGGCCACUGGGUGAUCGGCCCUGGGGUCGUUCAUUCGAUAUACGCAAUUAUAUUCACUUAUCUUCUUCUUACUAUAGCUGGUGGAACAUUGCUUUCCGUAGUUGUAUCCUUCAGCUUUCAUCUCUCCUACCUUCUUGUAGGUUACUGGUACAAUAACACAGGCGACGAAUAUGAUAUAUCCUGGACAAUGCCGCAGUGUGUUCUCUGUCUCAGGCUAAUCGGGUUGACUAUAGAUGUUUACGAUGGAGCACAGUUGAAACUAAACCCAGACUCCCUUUCUAAGGAUCAGGUGAAGAACUGUUUGACAACGAACCCGGACAUUCUAGAGAUGCUCUCACAUAGUUUCUUCAUCGGAGGAUAUUUUGUUGGUCCUCAGUUUUCCCUGCGCAAGUUUCAAGAGUUCGCUUCCCCGGCUUAUCAUGUGGCCCUGCCCUCAUCACCUUCAAGGUUUGGGUUUAAGCGGUUAAUGAUUGGAGUUGCAUAUCUUGCAGGACAUCUGAUUGGAAAUAUGUUUAUCAACGAAGACUGGCCGAAUUCUGAGAACUAUACAAACUCUAGCCUUCCUGUCAAACUAUUCUGUUUACUGUUGUGGGUAAAGAUAAUACUGGCCAAGUAUAUAUCUAUCUGGUUGAUGGCUGAAGGGGUCUGUGUUGUGUCCGGACUCAGUUAUAACGGGAGCUAUGAGGAUGGAUCUCCCUGCUGGACUGGGUGUGCUAAUGUCAAGCUUAG